CGUCGUCCAUUUUGUGUUUGUAGGGAAAACGAAGAUCAGAGAGUCGUAAGAGAAGGCGGCGAUUUCAAAGCUUCCUCUCUUCGUUUCCUCCGCCCCCUUUCUUUUAUAUCUUCUCUUUCUCCCAUUUUCCCAUCCCAUUUUCCAUUUUCCACAAUGUCCUCCGCCACCGCCAAAAUCCUUCACCCGCUCCCUCUCAGAUCCAAUGACAAACCCCUCUUCUUCGAUCCCUUCAGAUCCUCCUCCAGAUUUCUCGGAUCUACGCUCUCCUUUCGCUUCCCCUCUCUCUCCUCCGCCACUCCCCGCUCUCGAUCCUCCGCCGUCGUCGCCGUCUCCGACGUCGUGAAGCACAAGAAGCCCAAACCCACUUCCAAUCUGCUGAUCACAAAAGAAGAGGGAUUGGUACUCUACGAGGACAUGAUUUUAGGCAGAGUUUUCGAGGAUAUGUGCGCACAGAUGUAUUACAGAGGCAAAAUGUUUGGUUUUGUGCACCUUUACAAUGGGCAAGAAGCUGUUUCCACUGGGUUCAUCAAGCUUCUCACAAAGAAUGAUACUGUUGUGAGCACUUAUCGUGAUCACGUUCAUGCUCUCAGCAAGGGAGUUCCAGCCCGUGAGGUCAUGAGUGAGCUCUUUGGAAAGACCACGGGGUGCUGCCGUGGCCAAGGCGGCUCGAUGCAUAUGUUCUCGAAAGAACAUAAUCUGAUCGGUGGCUUCGCCUUCAUAGGCGAAGGCAUACCAGUGGCCACUGGUGCAGCAUUCACGUCUAAGUACAAAAGAGAGGUUCUGAAAGAGGCAGACUGUGAAGAUGUCACAGUAGCGUUUUUCGGAGAUGGGACUUGCAACAAUGGCCAGUUCUUUGAGUGUUUAAACAUGGCUGCACUAUGGAAACUGCCCAUUAUAUUUGUUGUGGAGAACAAUCUUUGGGCUAUUGGAAUGUCGCAUUUGAGGGCGACUUCAGAUCCUGAGAUUUGGAAGAAGGGUCCUGCAUUUGGAAUGCCCGGCGUUCAUGUUGAUGGUAUGGAUGUUUUGAAGGUGAGGGAGGUCGCGAAGGAGGCAGUCGGAAGAGCCCAGAGAGGAGAAGGACCGACUCUCGUGGAAUGUGAAACCUAUAGGUUUAGAGGACACUCCCUGGCUGAUCCAGAUGAACUUCGUGACCCUGCGGAGAAAGCACGUUAUGCAGCUCGAGACCCGAUUGCAGCUUUGAAGAAGUACUUGCUGGAGAACAAUCUAGCCAGUGAGCAGGAGCUGAAGGGCAUAGAGAAGAAGAUAGAUGAGGAGGUUGAAGAAGCAGUUGAUUUUGCAGAUGAAAGCCCCCUCCCAGGUAGAAGCCAGUUAUUAGAGAAUGUUUUUGCAGAUCCAAAGGGUUUUGGAAUUGGGCCAGAUGGAAGGUACAGAUGUGAGGAUCCCAAGUUCACAGAAGGCACUGCACAUGUUUAAUCUUCUCAACUUUGUUGUCUUAUCAUAUCAUCCAUCAAAUGUCUUACUCUAUUCACUUUUAGUUUCUUUUUUUCUUCACUAUGUUUCUGUUGGGUUAUUACUGAUUAUUUGUAAUUGAAUGUAUUAGUGUUUCCCAAUUUUGAUUUAGUGUAUGCUUUACCAAACUUUCCUCCACUAAUCUAGUUAUGUGUCAGAAGGUAGCAUUGAUAUAGCAUAAAUAUAUAAUGCUUUACCUAUUUUGUUUUAAUA